CAUAUUACAACAUAACCACACGCUGCACCGAACAAGAAAACAAUACUUUAUUAUUCGUAAACAAUAAAGUGGAAAACAAUUAUUUGUGAUAUCAUUAAAUAGAACAUUAAACAGUACAUAAUGGGUAAAACUCGGAACGGAAAAGCUGCUGUUAUAUGCACAGCAAUUGCAUUUACUUUAAUUGUGAUAGCAUUCACCACACCCAAUUGGCUAGAAACAGACGGAAAAUUGGAAAAUCCAAAAUUUAUUAAGAUCGGAUUAUGGCAGGUGUGUUUCCAAGGAUUUGAACAUCCACAUCAUUUGUAUGACACUAAGUUUUAUGGUUGUUGGUGGGUGUUUGAAGAAGAAUAUUACAUAAUUCAUGACAUCCUUCUGCCAGACUUUUUUGUUGCAACACAAUUCUUUUUCACAUUAUGCCUGACUUUAUUAUUGAUAGGAGGUUUCUUAACUGUAUUAUAUACAUGUUGCUCACAACAUCAUGACAAAUAUCAGUUGCUCCUGUGGACAACUGGUGGAAACCUGGUACUAGGUGGAAUAUGUGGCAUCAUAGCUGUUAUAAUAUUUGGUGCACGAGGUGAUAGUAGAGAUUGGAUGCCUAACUGGGAACAUAAUGACAUUAGCUGGUCUUAUGCAUUAGCUGUAAUAGGAAGCUUUAUUUUGAUCAUAGCAGGUGCACUCUUUCUGAUUGAAGGCCGUAGGCAUAGAAAGAAACUAGACAGAAUAUUAAAUGAAGAACAAAAGACACACACAACUAUCUAAACUAAGCAUAGUAUUCAUUAACCAGGAAAAUAAAUGUAUGAUAAAUUAUUUGCAAUAUUGAAGAUCUGCACACAGCUCCUUUGCGAGUUUAAAUAUAUUUUAUGUAGAUUUAUUUUUUUGUAAGCU